CAUCUUCAAUUUUAAUUAGGGUUUCAUUCUGUGAGGGAAGGAAUUCGUUUUUGCUGGAUAAGAGAUGACGGGAGACGUAAAAUGUAACAAAUAUAUCGAGAUUUUCAUGUGGCUGAUUGCAGCUGUUUGUUUACUUUGUAAUUCGCAUGGUCUAACUGAUCCUCGUGAUGUUUCUGCAAUUAAUGAUCUAUAUACUGCUUUGGGUCAACCACCUCUUACCCGAUGGGUGUCGCUUGGAGGUGAUCCAUGUAUUGAAGCUUGGCAAGGCGUGCAAUGUGUAAAUUCCAACAUCACUGGAAUACUUCUAAGUGGUUUGAAUCUGGGAGGUGAAUUGGGUGAAAGCUUGCAGAAAUUUGCUUCUAUUAUACAGAUAGACUUGAGCAAUAAUCAUAUUGGUGGUAGCAUUCCAUUCAAUUUUCCCAUCACUAUCAGGACUUUAUUUCUUUCUGGCAAUCAAUUGACUGGCAACAUCCCAAAUACUAUAUCUUUACUUGGUCAAUUAACAGACUUAUCGUUUACCAUGAACCAAUUAACUGGGGAAAUCCCAGAUUCAUUUCAACAGCUCAGAAGUUUGAUAAACCUGGAUCUUUCUGGUAAUAAUCUCACCGGUCAGCUCCCUCCAUCGUUGGCUAACUUAUCGGCUCUUGCCAUAUUGCAUUUACAGAACAAUCAACUCAUUGGAAAACUUGAUGUGUUGCAAGACCUUCCUCUCAUUGACCUGAAUGUGGAGAAUAACCUGUUUUAUGGUCCAAUACCCCCUAAGUUACUCAAUAUAUCAAAUUUCAGGAGAGGAGGAAACCCGUUCAACACAACUAUUAUACCACUGCCUCCAAGCUUUCCGCCUUCAAUAUCUCCUUCAGGAGCUCCAGCUCCUACUAAUACAGUCCCAACAGAAAGACCAAAGAUUUUGUCAAACAAAAGAUUCAUGUGGCUGGUUAUCGGAGGGAUCCUAGCAUUUGUAGUAUUUUCAUCAGGAUUGUGUCUGUUUAUAUGUAGAUACGUGAGACAAAGACAAUUAGCUGAUAAAUUGGGCAAGUUGAGUGAUUCUAGUGUGUUCACUGAUUAUGGACAGAGUCCUAAAGAAAACAGAUAUCUGAGAAUGGCUUCCAUCUCAAUGAGAAAGGAGGAGGAGGUGAAGGACAAUCAUUCAAUUAUAGAUUUUCCUCCACCAGCCCUUUUAUUACAGGUGAAGCAGAAUCCAGACUUGUCCAGUACUAAAAAUAAAGCAACGACGAAAACUCUCGAUUCCACGAGGACCUUCACGAUUGCAUCACUUCAGCAAUACACUGACAGCUUUUCUCAAGAGAAUUUUCUUGGUCAGGGUUUGAUUGGCUCUGUAUAUAGAGCUCAACUUUCCACACUAGAGCUUCUAGCAGUCAAGAAACUGGAUACCAGAAUUUGCAGGCCAUUAAGUGAUGAAAAUUUCCUCGAGCUCGUCUCUGUUGGUUCUAAGCUUCGACAUGAGAAUUUAGCUGAGCUGGUUGGAUAUUGUUUGGAGCAUGGACAGCAGUUACUUGUGUAUAAAUACUACCAAAAUGGAACCCUUCAUGAAGCAUUGCAUUCAGACGAAUGCAUUGGUAAGAAACUGUCGUGGAAUACUCGAAUCCGCUUGGCUCUAGGUGCUGCACGAGCCUUAGAGUAUCUGCAUGAAGUUUGUGAACAGCCAAUUGUGCAUGGGAACUUCAAGUCUUCCAAUAUUCUCCUUGAUGAUGAUAUGACAGUGCGCGUUUCAGAUUGUGGUUUGGCUCCUGUUUCUCCGGAUGAGUACCUAAAACUGUUAAUGAACGACGGUUAUGGUGCACCUGAAGUGGAGUUGGGAGUUUAUAAUUGCAAGAGCGACGUGUACAGCUUUGGGAUCAUACUGUUGGAGCUUCUUACUGGUCGAAAAUCUUGCGAUAGAUCAAGGCCAAGAGGGGAACACUUUUUGGUGAGAUGGGUAAUUCCUCAGCUUCAUGAUAUUGAUGCAUUAUCGGAAAUGGUUGAUCCUUCCUUAAAUGGAGUUUACCCAACAAAAUCAUUAUCGCGUUUUGCAGACAUUAUCUCCUUGUGUGUUCAGCCUGAGCCGGAAUUCAGACCACUAAUGUCGGAGAUCGUCGUGAACCUCUUACAUAUGCUAUAGCUGAAUCGAAUCCAGAAGUCGCGAAGCUGGUGAACUCUGUAAUGUGAAUUUCAUAGCAAAAUAUACAAUAAACAAAAAAACAAUUGAUAUAUUAAAAAUCUCUAUUUUUCUUUCUGUCCAUAAUUUAUAAUUGAUUUGAUUUUUUUUUUUUUUCCAAUUUCAGUGUUCUAGAGUUGUUUUAUAUAGAAAUUUGAUUAUGAUGUCAGAAUUUUCAUUUAUACCAUUGAGUUUACUGUUUUAUAAUGAAUUGUUUUAUUUUCUU